AUGAAUGAUAACUGCUUAUACGUUUAUAACUUAACGAAAAACGUAAGCUCAGAUCACUUGAAAGAAAUAUUUAUGCACUUUGGGAAUUUAAAGGAAAUAAAUUUUGUGUUAAAUGAUGAAAAACUAAGUGGAAACAACAACGAAGGGAAUUUCAUAUGCGCCAAAAUAAAAUUUGAAAAUGAAAUGGACGCAAAAAUCGCAAGGGAAUAUAUGAAUGGUGGACAGAUAGAUGGAAAAACAGUUUCGAUAAAAUAUGAACAUGUGAUGAGGCACAAAGAAAAGCACAAAAAUGAAAAACAUAAUACAAAAAGAGAGAAUAAAGAAAGGAUUGAUGAAAAAAGAAAGUAUUUAAGAGAUGGUACAAAAUACAGCUCUUCCCCUUCACGCUCAUCCAAAUAUUCCUUCAGGAAGUCGAUCAGUUCUCAAGUCAGGCGUAAAAAAAAGGGUAGUAGGAAAAAAUAA